UCUUCUUCGACUCCAAAUAUCCACUGUCUCGCCUUACAUUUUACUCGACCACAAGAUUGUUAAGGUUGUGAAAUUUUGUCUGUGAUAAUGGCAACUGGAGCUGCUGCAGCUGCCCUUUCGAGUUUAGGCAGGGACAAUGGCUUGGGGUUUGCAAAAACUUCAGAUUUUAUCAAAGUUUCAGACUUGAAGAGGGUUAAAUUUCAUAGAACCAAGAUAUGUGUGAUAAAAAAUUCAAACCCUGGUUCAGAUAUUGCAGAACUUCGGCCUGCUUCUGAAGGGAGUCCUCUAUUAGUUCCUGUACAGAAGUAUUGUGAAUCCACACAUAAAACCAUCAGGAGGAAAACCUGCACAGUAAUGGUUGGAGAUGUAGCUCUUGGUAGCGAACACCCCAUAAGAAUUCAAACAAUGACCACAACUGAUACUAAGGACGUGGCCGCAACUGUGGAACAGGUCAUGCAAAUAGCUGAUAGAGGAGCUGAUAUUGUUCGAAUAACUGUUCAAGGGAAAAAAGAGGCAGAUGCAUGUUUUGACAUUAAAAACACCCUUGUUCAAAAGAAUUAUAACAUACCUCUGGUGGCAGACAUUCAUUUUGCUCCUUCAGUUGCUCUGCGGGUUGCUGAAUGCUUUGAUAAAAUUCGUGUCAAUCCUGGAAAUUUUGCUGAUCGACGGGCUCAGUUUGAGCAAUUGGAGUAUACAGACGAUGAUUAUCAAAAAGAACUUGAGCACAUUGAGCAGGUUUUUGUUCCGCUGGUUGAGAAAUGCAAGAAAUAUGGAAGGGCAAUGCGCAUAGGAACAAACCAUGGGAGUCUUUCAGAUCGUAUCAUGAGCUACUAUGGUGAUUCUCCUAGGGGGAUGGUUGAAUCUGCAUUUGAGUUUGCUAGAAUCUGUAGGAAGUUAGACUACCAUAAUUUUGUAUUUUCAAUGAAAGCAAGCAACCCAGUGAUCAUGGUUCAAGCAUAUCGCCUUCUUGUAGCUGAAAUGUAUGUUCAGGGGUGGGAUUAUCCAUUGCACUUGGGAGUCACUGAAGCUGGUGAGGGUGAGGAUGGACGUAUGAAAUCUGCAAUUGGCAUUGGGACACUUCUUCAGGAUGGUCUUGGUGAUACUAUCAGGGUUUCCCUUACAGAACCUCCAGAGGAAGAAAUUGACCCCUGUAGAAAAUUGGCCAACUUUGGUAUGAAAGCAUCCAAAAUUCAACAAGGGGUGGCACCAUUUGAAGAGAAGCAUAGACGAUAUUUUGAUUUUCAACGGAGAACUGGUGAUUUGCCUGUGCAAAAGGAGGGUGAAGAGGUGGAUUUUAGAGGUGUGCUCCACCGUGAUGGCUCUGUUCUCAUGUCUGUUUCCCUGGAUCAAUUGAAGACACCUGAACUCUUCUAUAGAUCAUUAGCAGCAAAACUUGUUCUUGGUAUGCCAUUUAAGGAUCUUGCAACCGUAGAUUCUAUCUUAUUGAGAGAGCUCCCACCGGCCGAUGAUCAAGAUGCUCGGCUAGCUCUUAAAAGGUUGAUUGAUGUCAGUAUGGGAAUUAUAACUCCUUUAUCAGAACAGCUGACAAAGCCUUUGCCAAACGCCUUGGUCUUGGUAAAUUUAAAGGAAUUAUCAACCGGAGCUAAUAAGCUUUUACAAGAAGGCACACGUUUGGUCGUGUCAGUACGUGGUGACGAGCCCUAUGAGGAGCUAGAAAUUCUAAAGAGCGUUGAUGCUACAAUGAUUCUUCAUGAUCUGCCAUAUACAGAGGAAAAAACUGGCAGAGUACAUGCUGCUAGGAGGUUAUUUGAGUAUCUUUCAGAAAAUUCACUGAACUUUCCUGUUCUUCACCACAUACAGUUCCCGAAGGGAAUUCCGAGGGAUGAUUUGGUUAUUAGUGCGGGUGCCAACGCAGGUGCUCUUUUAGUUGAUGGACUUGGAGAUGGUAUCUUAUUAGAAGCUCCAGAUCAAGAUUUUGAAUUUCUGAGGAAUACAUCUUUCAAUCUGCUUCAAGGAUGCAGGAUGAGGAACACUAAAACGGAAUAUGUGUCAUGCCCGUCUUGUGGUAGAACUCUAUUUGAUCUUCAAGUGAUAAGUGCAGAAAUUAGAGAAAAAACAUCACAUUUGCCUGGUGUUUCGAUUGCGAUUAUGGGUUGCAUAGUUAACGGACCAGGAGAGAUGGCUGAUGCAGACUUUGGAUAUGUUGGCGGUGCUCCUGGAAAGAUCGAUCUUUAUGUUGGAAAGACUGUUGUAAAACGAGGCAUUGCAAUGGAGAAUGCAACAGAUGCAUUGAUUCAACUAAUUAAAGAGCAUGGGCGGUGGGUGGAUCCUCCUGUGGAAGAGUAAGACAAGGCGAAUACGAUGAGUGCAUUCACAAUAUAAAAACAUUGGUUGUUGGAAACAUCAAUUAAAGUAAAAUUAUGUUGUGUUGGUAUCAUUGGAAAUGUACAAGGAAAAUGUCGUUACAUGUUAUUAGAUAUAGACUGUUAUAAUCGUAUUAUAAAAUUAUAAUAUUGUUGUUGUUGAGUGAGUUUACGUGCAUCGACUAAUCCUUGGGA